ACAGGUGCGUGGCAGCUAAUGGAUGUAAAAGGCAAUAUCAUUGACCAGGUGGACUCAACUGCCAUUGGAGUGAUGCAGGUCUUAUACCCUUUGCUGAAUCAUCUGUCAGAACUGACCACGGUUGUGUGGGCACUCCCCGAUUCUUUCAAGGAAUUUAUGCUUCAUGAUUUUGGUUCUACUGGUAAAUACACCCAACAGACCAAUGCCAUACUAGAAUGGGUUCUCAAUGGACAAGCCCAACUCCUGCCUCCAAGAGUACUUGUGUGGGAUUCCUUCCUGCCUGUUUCCCACGCUGCUUUGUCCGACUGCAUCAUGUUUCUUAGCAAAAAUCUGGAUAUAAAGAAAUUACCAGCAUACUCCAUAUUCAAACCAGAAAUAACAUGGCAUUGUACAGAACGAAUGCAUGUUGGAUUUGAAGCUCUCUUUGUGGCAGCUCAAAUGAUGAUUAAUCACAUAUGCAAUCCUUUUAUGGAUGAAAAAGGUUAUUGCUGCUCUUCAUAGCAAUACCACUGUCCUGUAUGAGAAGCUGGUUUAAUAUAAAAAAUAUAAUAAUUGAUAAUUAUAUAUAACUGCUUAGAUAACCCUCAGAUUUUGAAUUAAGGAAUAAAAUUCACAUAAUAAUCAUUACUGACAUGCCAAUUACUAUUGUUUGGAAAAGCACAACAUUCAUGAAAAUUAACAACAAAUAUCCAUAGCAGUCUUGUACAUUUUCUAUAAAACAAUGCUUUGAUCUACCAAACAAUUUAAGGUGAACAUUCUAACCGUCAUUGUGUUUUUUGUAGGGCAUUUUCUUUCAAAUAUGUACCUUGAAGGGUUUUCCAUAUGUGAUAAUGUAAACUGACGUCAUUACUAAUGCAUAUGCAUAUAAGGAUGGCUUAUAAAAAGAAGUUUUAAGGAGACCACAUAUACUUUAUUAAUAUACCAAUAUGUACAUAAAACACGUUAAUAUCCCCAUACCAGUGUUUUUUCAAGGUUUCAGAACAAAACUAUGGAAAUUAAUACAAUAACAAAUAAUAUAACAAUGAAGCUACUACUCUGUUAUAUAUUUUGGGACUCUUACCUUUCAUGUUCCAAUACAACAGUCUCAAAAGAAUUUUUUCAUGCACUCCAAUUUACUAAACAUCAGCACACACAUAUUCACUUUUAUCAUAUCUGAUCAAAGUAUAAUGGCUGGUAUUUUUCAGCAAAAAGGUCCACUGAUGCCAUGUUUAUUAUAUUUCACAGCAUCGUGGUGUAAUAAAGAAAUCUGCAUUGAUAAUUCAGCAUUCUAUGCAUUUUACAAUAUCAAUAUAUUCAAAAUACUAUAUAUGACCAACACAAAAUUUCUCAUGUAACAUCAAAUUAAAUAUAAUUAUGAAAAUCCAUACCUCCAAUAUAAGAGUUCAAAAAGGGAUAAAAAGAUAUAUAAAUUCCAAUGCAACUUUAUCUAUGUCCUAUUCCAAUAGUCUAACCAAACAAAGUAAAAGCACCCAUGAGGGGGUACUACUAUCAGCCACUGGAACUGUAAGAACUUGGGAAUACAA